UUACCUGAGAAGAACAAGCCAGAAACGAAAAACCCCGAAAAACCUGCGGAAAAAGACAACAAAAAACCUGCAGAAAAAGUUACCAAGAAACCUGCAGAAGAGAAUGCCAAAGACACCAGAGAACGGAAAGAAGUUGCAGGAAAUACCAACGAAAAACACACCGAAAAGCCGGCGCCUAUGCCAGGACCCGUAACAGUGCAUUGCACCCUUGAUAACGGAAUGACGGAUGAAGCAAGGCAAAUGUUCCUAGACAAGCACAAUGGAUAUCGUUCACUUGUUGCAAAAGGGGAAGCAAAAGAUGGACUCGGCGGAUUUGCACCAAAAGCUGCUAGACUGACAAAGAUGAGCUACGACUGCGACGUCGAGAACAGUGUGAUGAACUGGAUUAAAAAGUGUAAGUACGAGUCAUCCCCUUGGGAUGAUAGAUUGGGAUUAGGGGAAAACCUAUGGAUGACUACCCGAACUAAAAUGGACAAGAUUAGUGCUGCUGACGAG